GUGGGGAGAUGGGGGGUGAGGAGGACAUGGAGGUGGAUAUGGACACAGAGGACACAGUCGCGGGCAUGGGUGUGGGCGCAGGCAUGGGUGUGGGCGCGGGCAUGGGUGUGGGCGCGGGCAUGGGUGUGGGCGCGGGCAUGGGUGUGGGCGGGGGCAUGGGAUUGGGUAUGGGCAUGGGAGUGGGCGUGGGUGAGGAUGGGGAAAUGGAGAUGGAGAUGGAGAUGGAGAUGGAUGUGGACAUGGAUUUGAGUGACGGUGCAGAUGCCGUAGCCAGUGCGCACGCAGUGGGUGGGCCGGCAACAGGUGGGCAGGCAGUGGUUGAGGAAGUAAAAGGAAUGGUGGUAGGGGUUGACGGAAGAGGCGCAGAGGAAGAAGGCAAGGAGGGUAGAGAAAGAGGGAAGGCAGCAGCAGGUGGACAGGAGAAGGCGACACCAUUGGAUGCAAAGCAGCGCACCACUUCCCCAUCAGCCCCACCAGUGGCAUUUUUGGCGCCAGCCCCAGCAGCCCCAGCAGCCCCAGCAGCAGCAGCCCCAGCAGCCCCAUCGGUGGCAAUAGGUGGCAGCAUGGUGGGGGGUCGACAGUGGGCCACGCCUCUGUGCCGCGAGUUCGAGGAUGCGGUGAGUGGCAUCGUGCAGCACGCCAUGGCUCCCUUCCUCUCCACGCUGUCGGGGCGGGAGGUGGAGCGCAUGCGGGGGCGGUUGACACGGGAGGUGGUGGGGAAGGAGGCGGUGAAGAGGGGCCAGCGCUGCAAGCAGGGUGGCGUGUUGCGGCCCAUUGAGGAGCGCCCGUUGAGGGAGAAGGUGUGUGCCUUCGUGCAUCAACACAUUACUGUAUACCUACAAAAUAGACCAUCGCAAUGAUGUAUUCCCGAAAUAGGCUAACAUUGGUUUGCUAAUCUGUAUAAAUUGCCAUUCAUCCAGAUAUAGAUAUCAUUGCACAUGCAUGUAAUCGUUUGACGGAUGGUGUUGAAAUUUAGUUGAGAUGCCACAUU